GUGGCGCGUGCCCUGUCAUAAGUGUAACCAUCACGUACCUUUUGAGGCUCCUAAAUACUCUUCCGAACGCAUGUGACCAGUUGUUGUGUCGCGUGUAACCCAGAUUGACGCAGCGACGGAGGGGCAGCCUGAGGGACCGAACACCGAUUCCUGGAUAAUGUCUGAGGGCGGCAGUCGGGGCGACGUGGCAAUGAGGGUGAUCGCGAAAGUUCACAGGCCGGGGGUCACGCCGGAGGAGAUGGUGGUCGGCUACAACGAUUGGUCCGAGAACUACGAGGAGAUGAUGAUCUGGAAAGGCGGGUACCGUGGCCCCGCCAUCACGCUGGAGGAGGCGCUGCGUUGGGUACCCCCGGAGCGGCGAGCUAAGGCCAGGGUGCUGGACGUGGCCGCUGGGACGGGCUGCGUGGGCCGCGAACUCCACCGGGAAGGCUUCAGGCACAUAGACGCUGUGGACCCGUCGGAGGGCAUGAUGAAGCAGCGGGAGACUGGCAUCUAUACCAACGACUUCCUGGAGUUUAUCGGCAGCGGACACUCCACCGUGCCCAAAGACACAUACGACCUGGUGGUCACCUCGGGUGGUAUGGGCGAAGGUCAUAUCCCACUCAGUGGCCUCGACGACCUGGUGCGCGUCGCAAAGAACGGAGGCUUCGUGAUCAUCGUGAUGCGCCAUGAGCACCUACAGACCGUGCCUUCCUACAAGGACAAGCUGGAGCCUUACAUGGACCAGCUGGAGGCGGACGGGAAGUGGAAGAAGGUAGGGAGCACCGUUGCCAGAUUAUCGUACUCAGAGCAUAGUAUUUACCGUUUUUUGACACCUAACUAUUGCCAAGAAACAUCAGGAAUUAACUAUUUUAACGACAGAUAUAAAUGAAUUUAGUUAUUGAGCCCCAGGAGACGGUUUUGGGGUCGGAAGUUGGUAAAUAUAAGAGACUGAGUACAACUAUCUGGCAACGUUGGUACAAGAAAACAUUUACUCUAAUCAAGGUUUCUGUCUGGCGGGGCUGUUCACUGUAUGGGCGCCUGUCACGACACUGGUAUAAGGAGAUGGUCAGGAGCUGGCCAGCGGGAGAAGGUCAUGUAUUUGAAAUGAUGGUC